AUGACUGACAACGGGCUGUGUGGAGGUGUCUUGCUGAGACGACAAGUCCAGCACUUCUCUGUAGUGGGAGCAAACUCGCUGAUGGUGCACCUGGAGCAUAUGGGAUUACCUACAGUUCUGCUUACUCAUCAGAUGGAUGGGCAUGAAGGUGCAUGGACAAUAUUACCCUUAAUGAGAGACUUCUCUGUUACCUAUGGUAGGAACUCCUCAUGGAUUUUCUUCUGUGAAGAAGAUACAAGAAUACAAGUUGUAAAGCUGCUAGAAACACUUGGAAGAUUUGACGAGUCUAAGGAGUGGUUUUUAGGUAAAGCGUUAUAUGAUGAAGAAUCUACAAUAAUUCACCAUUAUGCCUUUGCUGAAAAUCCUACAGUCUUCAAAUUUCCAGAUUUUGCUGCUGGUUGGGCACUUAGCAUUCCACUUGUUAACAAGCUUGCAAAGAAGUUGAAAAGUGAACCACUCAAGUCAGACUUUACAAUAGAUUUAAAGCAUGAGAUUGCCCUGUAUAUUUGGCAGAAAGGGGAAGGACCACAUCUUACUCCAGUGCCUGAGUUCUGCACAGAUGAUGUGAACUCAAAUAAGGUUGAUCAGUGUGCAACAACAUUCAGUAAUUUUCUGCCACUUUGUGGAGAGCCAGUGAAAAAGGAAGAUGUCUUUGUUGCUGUAAAAACAUGUCAGAAAUUUCAUGGAGACAGAAUACCAGUUGUAAAGCAGACUUGGGAAAGAGAAGCUGCCCUUAUCGAAUACUACAGUGAUUAUGCAGACAUCUCCAUUCCUACUGUAGAUUUAGGUAUACCUAAUACUGACAGAGGUCACUGUGGGAAAACUUUUGCCAUUUUGGAAAGGUUUUUGAAUCUUAGCUCCCCCAGAACUCCUUGGUUAGUCAUAGUGGAUGAUGACACACUGAUAAGUAUCUUCAGGCUCCGAAAAUUGCUCAGCUGCUAUGACCCGAAUGAACCAGUGUUUCUUGGAGAGCGUUACGGUUACGGCUUGGGAACAGGAGGAUAUAGUUACAUCACUGGCGGCGGAGGGAUGGUUUUUAGCAGAAUAGCUGUUCAGAGGCUACUUGCUAGUAAAUGCCGGUGUUACAGCAUGGACGCACCAGAUGAUAUGGUCCUUGGGAUGUGUUUCAGUGGCUUAGGAAUCCCUAUAACGCAUAGUCCACUUUUCCAUCAGGCACGGCCAAUGGACUACCCAAAAGAUUACCUUUCUCACCAAAUUCCAGUAUCGUUUCACAAGCAUUGGAAUAUUGAUCCAGUGAAAGUGUAUUUCACAUGGCUGGCACCAAACACAGAAGAGUCACUUAAUGGAAAGAAAGUUGUGUAUAACAGGGAGGAUUUAUAAACAGUAGAAGAAUUUAAGUGCUGAUUAACGUACUGCAGAUGAGAGAUAGUCACUACUGUGAUUUUUUUGGUGUUCUCAUGUUGUUCAUCUGUUUAU